AUGGAUUCAGUGAAAAAUGUCGAUGAUGCAACGACUAUUGCCGUCAAACUAGAGAAAGAACUGAUAAUACCUAAUGACAACGAAGGUAAUGAAUCGGUGAAGGUGAGAUCAAAGAAGAAAGGAAGAUCUAAACCAUCUCCUGAGGAGAUAGAACGUAAGAGAGCUGAAAGAGCUGCUGCUAAGGAACAGAAACGGAAAGAAUUACUUGCGAAGGGUCUUGAUCCAGACUAUCCACCGGAAUUACAAUUCAUUAAGAGACCAAUGUUACAUUUGCACCAAGAUGAGCCAGUUACUGGGUUUAACUUUACUUUAAUGACAUAUAACUGUCUUGCCCAAGCUUUAAUUAGACGGAAAUUGUUCCCUGAUAGUGGAGAAGCUGUAAAAUGGUUUAGAAGAUCAAAAGUAUUAUUGUAUGAAUUCCAACAUUAUAAUUCGGAUGUAAUUUGUUUACAAGAAAUUGAUCAUAUUCAAUAUCAAGCUUUCUGGAAAGUUGAAUUCGAAAAAUUAGGAUACGAAAGUCAAUUCCAUAGAAUAGCAUCAAAAAAUCAUGGUGUUGCCAUUGUUUGGAAACGUGAGAUGUUCAAAAUGACAGAUAGAAUGCUAAUAGACUUUGAUAAAGAAACUUCUUCUGAUAUUCCUCCAAGAACAAGAACAAACAAUACUGGUUUGAUCCUCUCAUUGAAAUUCUCCGAUAAAAUACUAAGCACUUUACCAAAAAAUACCAAAACUACAGGUAUUAUUAUUGGUACCACUCAUCUUUUCUGGCAUCCAUUUGGUACCUAUGAAAGGACUAGACAAUGCUAUGUUUUAUUGAAUAAAAUGAAAGAAUUUAUGCAUAGGGUAAACGUCUUGCAAAAUGGCAAUGAUGGUGAUUUAAGUCAUUGGGUUCCUUUCUUCUGUGGUGACUUUAAUUCACAACCGUUUGAUUCUCCAUAUUUAUCCAUGACUUCGAAACCAAUUGAGUAUACUGAAAGAGCAAAGACUGUUAUUCAAUGCAGUACAUCAUACAAAUUUUCAAAAUUGAGAAAUGGUGAAGAGGAUGUAGAUGACGAAGAAGGUGGUAACAUCGAAAAAUUUGGUAAAGAUCAGCCACAGACACCUGUACCUGAAACGUUCAUUGCAAAUGAGGAACAAACAGCUCUUGUUGAAAGGAUGGCUGUAAUUCAUAAUGAGCUUGGUAUGAGAGCAAAUUCAUUGUAUUCUGUUGGGUACAAACAUGUUCAUGCUGAAAAUGCAGGUAUUGACAACACUCGUGGUGAACCAAUUAUUUCCAACUGGGCUAAUACUUGGAGAGGUUUAUUGGACUAUAUAUUCCAUGUAAACACAUGGGACUUUGAUAACAGACAAGCGGUUGAUUCAUUGGAAAAGUUUGAGAUUGAAAAUUCAAUAAGGUUAAGAGGAUUUUUAAGAAUGCCACUGGACUCGGAAAUGCCAAAACACGGCCAACCUCAUGAAGGUGAGUAUGCUAGUGAUCAUUUAUCUAUGAUUUGUAACAUUGAAUUAUUAUUGUAA